CCUUGGGAUCAACUCAGGUUGGCCGAUGGGAAGUUGGAACAAAACGAUACCUAGCACGACAGCCGCUUCCAAUCAACACACUGGGUGAAAGGGCGGAACUGCCAUUUAGUCCUCGUGUUUCUAUGAGUGGCUGAGCCUCAGCGAAUCAGUGAUGCUGGAAGGAAAUUCUUCAUCGCAGCCGCCGCCCCAAACCCAAGCUCGCCAGUGCGCAACGCCGCAUACUUGGGCCAACGUAGAUGCCUCGAGUAUCUUAAGCAAGAAGCAGCGCCAUCGGGAUGAAGCGCAGACAAGAUGCGAUGCACCCGGCCCUCGUCAGCGGUUCCCUGGGAUCUGGCUCUGACAUGCCAAUUAUGCUUGGCUCAUGGUGCGAUCGUCUGAUCUGGAGAUCGGUCUGCCACGCAAUCCACACACAUACGCGCGCACCAUCAUCUCGCAUUUUCGUCUGGCAAAUAACAUGUCACGAACAAUACCACUCACCCUCCAUCCAUGUCGGAUCGAAGGGGGCUAAAGGAAUGUGGAGCCUGACCGGUGAGAGUGACUGCAUCGGCACUAAUAUCUUGACCCCCCAGCUCUCGGGCGACGGUAGCCAAACGCAGGAUGCGGCGGCUCUCGUCGCGACGAAAUGGUCCGACUCCUGGGGCAUAACUAUGGUAUAUCGGCAUAUCGACUCCAGUCAUCAGCAUGCUCAGGUGCAUCUCCAGCGACCAGCGUCUCGUCGGCAGUGUCAGAAGUUGGAAAAGAAAUUGUCUAGCGCCCGAAGAGGUCAUCAACCCCGCUUCCCGGCCAUGUGGUUAACACACUCAGGGCCCUCCCGGUAAGGAGAUUAGAGUGGUUGGCGAGACAGGCAGCCCCAUGCUCUUCCCAGGUCUCGGCAACGAGAUCAGGCCAGAAAGAGCCCGUAGCCGAUUGCUCGCCCGUAGUCG